GGCAAUGAACUAAUGACUACAGCCCAGUAACUGUUGACUUUUACAACUAAAUGAAAUGCUGAGUUCUUUUAAAAAUUGUAAAUCUCUAGAAGGAAAAAAAACAACAAAAAAAGCAAUAAAAAACAAUAAUAUUUACUCGAUCAUAUAGAUACAGUAACCAUAUACAGAUAAAAGUAAUGUGUCCACUGCCCAUCCAUUUAUCAACAUUACUAUACAUUUUUUAAUGUGUACAUUUUUGUAUACAUUAAUGUACAUUCUAUACAUCUUAUGAAUUAGUAAAUUAACAUUUUUACGGAAAUAAAAUAUUUUAUUAUGUAAGGCUAUGGGACCCUGUUCAAUAUGUUCGAGGGAGAGGAGGACAUGGCCUAUUAAAGGUCCUGUUUCACCCACUAACACAGUGUAGGAAUUCAAAUAAUAAAAUGUUAUAUGAUUGAUGUGGAUUAAAUAUUUGAAUUAUUUCACCACUGUUUUCUGACCUCUUCUUGUGCAUUAGGUUUGGGACAAUGCGAUACGGAAGUGAACCCCGUUCACGAUCUCUCAAGAUCCACAAUGACAGUUGUGUCAGUCUUACUGUGGCAUGGCACAUAUUCAUGAAAGAACGUAUAGUAUCAAGAGAUGAAGCAGAAAAAGAAAUGCUUUUCAAUAUAGUACUUGAUGUUUAUUCAGCUGUUAACGAUGCAGGUGAAACAAGUUUUCACUGUCAAGACACAGAAGACUGCUGCAAUAAAUGUAUCAAAAAAGACAAAGAAAAACAAGAAGUGAUGGAAAUGAAUUUAGUCCCUUACAUAGGGAAGGAGGAUUACACUUUUUUUCAGGUAUUACCUAAACAAAGCACGAUUGAAGCAAAAAGUUCACAAGCAAUCACUGUUACAUUUACUCCUCCGGAUAAACAUUCAUUUGGCUCCACUUCUUUCUGUGCCUAUGUAAUAGGCUUUAUUAAACUGUCUCCCCAUGAUACUUAUUCAAAAGGUCGUUUUUAUCGGCCUCAUGGAAAAAAUCUUCCUCCAGUAUGGGCAAGCUUAAAUGCUGAAGUUGAAAUGCCUUCUCUUUCAUUAGAAACAGACUGUGAUGAUCUGGAAUUUUUUGUAGAGGCAGCAUGUGUAUUAAGUCAAUCUCAAAAACGACAUAUUGUAACCCAUAUGCUAAAUGUGAAGAAUAAUUUUAAAUCACCUAUUACUGCUUUAGUUGAUUGUCAAAAACCAUUUGUCAUAAAAGAAGUGAAUACAAUGGCACACAGACAUAUUAAAGUCAUAAGUGAUAAAAAAGAAGAUACAGUUUUCACAUUACUCCCUGAUGAAUGUGCUGAGAUACAUGUUUCAUGUGACAUAGAAGAAAAAUAUAUACUUCGUAUACAGGAAGCAUUUUGGAAUGCAACAAACAAAGGAUAUUCUAGAGAGGAACAAGAUAAUUUCUCACGGAAAAGUGCAGUAAUUGAAUGUCCUCUCCAAUUGGUUCAGCCAAAUUUAAUGGAGCAAACUAUUAAACUGAAACUCUGCAUUGAAUUUCCAAUUAUAACAGUGUCCACUCAAAAAAUUGACUUUGGACCAGUGUUUGUUGGUAAUUCAAAAUGGAUGGUAUUUGAAAUCGUUAAUCAAACAGUGUCAAAUGUUUGGUUCAAUAUAUCAAAAGUGUACCAGACUAAUGAGUUUUCGGUGAAACCAUCUAGUGGAACUCUUUCAGCUGCACCAUUAUAUGGGCGAAGUGGUCUACAAAUCAAAAUUACUUUCUCACCCACGGAGAGUAUGUCUUACAUGGAUUAUCUGAGAGUUCAGACCUGUGUACCUGGGGAUGAUCACAUUGUUGUUAUUGAGGGUGUAGGAACUGCUGACACUAAAUUUCAGAGUGAUUUUUAGAUGGAUUACAAAGUACAUACAGAACAAUGUUACAUAUUUUGUUGUUCUACUGCAGCAGCAUGCAGAGUGAAAUUAUUGUGAAGUUAUCAAAUAUUUUAAAAGGUAUCCUGUAUCAAAUACAUGAAUGUAUGUGUAAUAGUCUUUAAACUCUUUGAGUUUCUGAAUUCUUUUAUACUACAUGACAUUACAUGUGAAUAAUAUUAUAUACUUCUAACAUUGAAGCAUGCCUAAAAAAUUGAAAGUAUGGAAGACAUUUCAUUAACCCAGUGAUUGAAGUUUCAUUUUUAUUAUUAAUUAUUUAAAUUUGAUUUUUCUGGUUCCGCCAAUAGAAUC